AUGGGUCUUCUGCUAGACCUUCCCUCCGCUGUGCUAUACCCAGCAGCCGCCCUGCUUGGGGUUACCUCCCACCUGGCUCUCUUCAUACGAGGGGAAUGGCACAUGCAAGCCCCAGCGCUAUUCUGGCUCUACUCCUCUCUCACCACCUUCAUUUACCUCAUUUCCUUUUACCAUGACCAACCGAAUCCCUUCCAGGCCACCUUCCUUCUCACCACCUCCUACAUCCUAGGCCUCUUCAGCAGCAUCUCCAUCUACCGGCUGUACUUCCACCGCCUCCGCUCCUUCCCCGGUCCCAAACUCGCGGCCAUCACAAAAUUCUGGCACGUCUGGCAGUGCCGCUACGGGAAAAACCAUCUCGUCAUUGAAGGCCUCCGGGCCCAACACGGCAGCGUGAUCCGCACCGGCCCGGAAGAGCUAACCAUCAUUGACCCCUCUGUCCCAAACACUAUCGACGGCCCAAAGAGUACGUGCACCAAGGCAGUGUGGUAUGACUUUUUGCUGCCUGAAAUAGCACUCAACACCACGCGGGAUGUUCAUGAGCAUGACCAGAGGAGAAAGGUGUGGGACAAGGGUUUUACUUCUGCUGCUAUGAGGGAUUAUGAGACGCGAGUGUAUCACCAUGCUGAAGUCCUGGCAGAGAGGAUAGAGGGUCUAUCCAGACAGGGAAAGCCGAUCAAUGCCUCUGACUGGUUCUAUUUCUUCACGUUUGAUGUAAUGGGCGAGUUUGCCUUUGGUCAGGGGUUUGAAAUGUUGCAAUCGCAGAAAUGGCACUGGGCGGUGAGGUUGUUGAGACGGGCGAUGGGAUUGUUGGGACCCUUUAGUGCUGUUCCUUGGCUUGCGCAGGUAGCGUUUUAUGUCACGCCUUGGAUGUGGAUUGUGAGGGAUUGGUUGGGGAUGAUGGAGUGGUGUAAGGAGCGGAUGGGGGAGAGGAUCGCAAGGCAUGGGAAGGUGUGGGCAAGGAGGGAUGUGAGUCAUUGGUUGAUUGAGGAGAGUUUGAGCAGGGGGACGUUGAAAAAGGAUAGGGAGUGGUUGAAUGGGGAUGCGGUUACGGUUGUUAUUGCAGGGAGUGAUACUAUUGCUCCAACGUUGGUGUUUGCUUUUUAUGAGUUGGUUAGGAAUAGGGAGCUGCAGGAGAGGUUGAGGGGAAAGUUGGACGGGGUGGAUAUUUAUGACAAGGGGGAGCUGGCAAAGGUUGGGUUGUUGACGGGGGUUAUUAAGGAGACUAUGAGGCUUUGGCCGGCGGUGCCGACUGGGGGUUAUCGGCAGACUCCAGAAGGAGGGUUGGAGAUUGCGGGAAGCUGGGUGCCAGGUGGGGUCACUAUUGUGUCACCGAGGUGGUCAAUGGGAAGGUCGGAGGAGGCCUAUGAAAGAGCUCACGAGUGGGUUCCAGAGAGGUGGACCACAAGGCCUGAGAUGGUGAGGGAUGGUAGGGGGUUCCAGCCUUUUAGUCAGGGGAGGUUCAAUUGCGUUGGGAAAGCACUUGCAAUGGCAGAAAUGAGGUUUGUCAUUGCAUUGUUGGUGACGAGGUUUGAUGUUGGGUACUGGGGGAAAGAAAGGGGAGAGAGGCUGGUUGGUGAGUUGAGGGAUCAAUUCACUGCUUCGCCUGGGGCAUUGGAGUUGGAGUUUAAGCUGAGGGGUCGUGCGUAA